AAAAUCCUUAAAUAGUCAUUCUUCAACUCUCUUCUCUCGAUGUCACGGAGUAGCCGAGUACGAGAUGGAAGUGAUCUAACGAUCGAGAAUGAAGCGUACUGGCUACUGCGUACCGAACGUGCAAAGUAAAAACUACAUAUAAACUUCCCUUCCCUUCCCUUGCCGCUAAUGAACUGAAAGCUUACUAAACUAAAACUUCGGCGGACGAUUCUCUCUCUCUCUCUCUCUCUCUCUGCACAGAGUUGCUUUCUGGAGUUCUUCUAUGGCCAACGAACAGGACGUAGUUCAAGCUGAUCCUGAGGCCACACCACUUACUUCCGCCACUCAAGAAGCCAUUUCUCCCAAUGAUGAACCGCAACUGCUUAACCAUGCCCUCCCGCAGAUGCCUUCUCACGCCACGAUAGACCUGUUGUCGAUUGGUGUAUGCAUCCCCUGCAUCAUUCGUCUAUCUGGCAUUGAAAGGCACAAUUAUUCCUUUUCACUGUCAGUACCAAUCUUAGGUUCUGAUAAGGAGGCAAUUGACGCUGACAAUGAUAGAAGCACUUGCUCACUAUGUUUAGGUGUUUUACAGUUCAGUUACAUUGAUGACAAAGGCAACUACAUAAAAUUUAAAGGAGCUGAUGAUUUAGCUGUCUCGAUUUCCGAGAUGGUAAAGAAAGAGGGCCAUCAGAUUGAUAGCUUUUCUCUUGAGGUGUCAGUUCCUUCGAUCAUUCUGGAGAAUGAGAAGCGUGUAUGGCUGUAUUUGAAAAGAAAAUAUGGGUCUGAACAAUGGUUUCAGGGCAAGCCUCCUCCUAUAUGUCUUUCAGCGAAGGAUGCCUUAAAAAUCUGUAUAACAAAGCCUCUUGAAACUUUACUGGAUUGCAAAUCUAGUUCAAGUGGCUUGCGCAUCCGCUUAACUUAUAGUCAUCCUAAAGCUUCAAAAAGCAAUGGUAAUUCCAUCAAAAGAAACCAGAAUGGCUGCAAGAUGAGAAAAAUCACUGGCAACGAUGAACCCUCAGAUAUUUCAAACUGUGAUGCCAAUUCUGUCGCUGAUGACUGUUUCAAUCCUUCACAAGAAGUUGAAUUUCCUCAAGAAACGAUCAAAGAACCAUGCCAUUUGGCUCUAAUUUGUUAUAGAACUUCAAUAUACUUGGUUGGCAGAUACAUCAAGUAUUCAAGAAAUGUGAGUCAAACACGGUGGGUAAUUGGUGAAGAGAGAAUGGGAGAAGCAUCUGUCGAGGAAAUUAUUGGCAACAAUAUUCUUCCCCUCUGUCGAGGUGAUAAUUACAAGUUCCAUGCUGCUGGUAGAGAGGAUCUCGAUGUUCGAAUGUUGGGUUCAGGUAGACCAUUCUUGGUUGAGAUACAGAAUGCACGUCUUCUCCCAUCUGAGAUGAUUAUAAAUGAAAUACAGUCGAAGAUAAAUAGCUCAGAAAAUAAAUUGGUUGGUGUAAGAAAUCUGAAAGUUGUAGGCAGCGAGGGUUGGGCCCUUGUUCAAGAAGGAGAAGCAGAGAAGCAGAAGCAAUAUGCUGCACUUGUGUGGACCUCUCGCCCACUUGAGGAUGACGAUUUAUUAUCAAUAUCAUCACUCAAAGAUUUGAAAAUUUUGCAGAGAACUCCAAUAAGAGUGCUUCAUCGCCGUAGUCCAUUAGAACGUGAAAAGAUCAUCCACUGGAUGAAGAUUGAGAAGGUUGCCGAAAGUUCUCAGUAUUAUCUCCUUCAUUUGUGUACUCAGGCUGGAACAUACAUUAAAGAAUUUGUCCAUGGGGAUCUUGGUCGCACACAUCCCAGUAUAGGAUCCAUUCUUAGUUGCAGAGCAGAGAUUCUGCAACUUGACGUUACGGAUAUAAAGAUGGACUACCAUUUUGCUGAAUAAACAGAUUCAUUUAGUAGGAGGAUGAUUUCCAGAUUGUAUUCGUUUCAUCACUCCAAUUUUGGUGCUCAAAUGCUCACAUGCUCACAUGCCUUCUUCCCCGUCCAUCAAUUUGGUAAUUUAAAAUUUUGAUUUCUUUUUAAGAACCUAAACUUUUUUUUUUUUCCAUUUUCGUUGAACAUCAUUGUUGGAGGUCCUACUGAAUUUAAGUUAUAGAGGGGAGAAGGUUAUACAUUUUGUUUUCAAUGGCAAUGUAUUGUCAUUGAGGUUAGUUUGUAUAUCUUUUGUUUUUUAAAGACUAGUUUUAUGGUUUCUUUUC